GUUCGGAAGCCAGCUUGCAAAGUAUGGGAGAAUAGCAGCCUAAAGGUUUGGAGAUGCUGAGGCUCCUCUUUCGCAGCAAGCCAAGGAUCCAGGAGGCAAAAUCAGACAUCACUUGGAUAGAGAAAGACCUCGUGGACGCGGCAGACAAGGGCGAAGGUGUUGUGAAAGAAAUCAACAUCACGCACCACGUGAAAGAAGGCUCCGAGAAAGCCGAUCCUUCGCAGUUUGAGCUCCUGAAGGUGCUGGGACAGGGCUCCUUCGGCAAGGUCUUCUUGGUGAGAAAAAUAACGCCGCCAGAUAGCAACCACCUCUAUGCCAUGAAAGUGCUCAAGAAGGCGACCUUGAAAGUGCGUGAUCGAGUGAGGACAAAGAUAGAGAGGGACAUCUUGGCCGAUGUAAACCACCCCUUUGUGGUGAAACUCCACUACGCAUUCCAGACGGAGGGGAAGCUGUAUCUCAUCUUGGAUUUCCUCCGAGGAGGUGACCUUUUCACUCGGCUUUCCAAAGAGGUCAUGUUCACCGAGGAGGACGUGAAGUUCUACCUGGCAGAGCUGGCUCUGGGGCUCGACCAUUUGCACAGCCUGGGAAUCAUAUACAGGGAUCUCAAACCAGAGAACAUCCUCUUGGAUGAAGAAGGGCACAUCAAACUCACAGAUUUUGGCUUGAGUAAGGAGGCUAUAGACCACGAGAAGAAAGCCUAUUCCUUCUGUGGGACGGUGGAGUAUAUGGCGCCAGAAGUUGUGAAUCGGCAGGGCCACUCCCACAGUGCUGACUGGUGGUCGUACGGGGUGUUAAUGUUUGAAAUGCUCACCGGCUCGCUGCCCUUCCAGGGGAAGGAUCGCAAGGAGACGAUGACCCUCAUCCUCAAAGCAAAGCUGGGCAUGCCGCAGUUCCUCAGCGCCGAGGCACAGAGCCUCCUGCGAGCCCUUUUCAAAAGGAAUCCAGCCAACAGGUUAGGUUCUGGACCAGAUGGGGCAGAAGAGAUCAAGCGCCAUCCUUUCUACUCUACCAUUGACUGGAAUAAGCUGUACCGCAGGGAAAUCAAACCGCCCUUCAAGCCUGCCGUCGGCCAGCCAGAUGACACCUUCUAUUUUGACACAGAAUUUACAUCGCGUACACCAAAAGCAGGGCCAGGUUUGCCUCCUGCCAGCGCUGCCAGCUCCAGAUGGUUGCGGCAGCGAGGCUUCAGUUUUGUGGCGACCGGAUUGAUGGAGGAUGGCAAGGUGAAACCUGCCCAGUCACCUCUGCAUUCGGUUGUACAGCAGCUGCACGGCAAGAAUGUCCAGUUCAGCGACGGCUACGUGGUGAAGGAGGCGAUCGGCGUCGGCUCCUACUCAGUGUGUAAACGCUGCGUUCAUAAAGCAACCAACAUGGAAUACGCAGUCAAGGUUAUUGACAAGAGCAAGCGAGACCCUUCUGAGGAAAUAGAAAUCCUCCUGCGAUACGGGCAGCACCCAAACAUCAUCACCUUGAAAGAUGUGUACGACGAUGGGAAGUACGUGUAUCUGGUGACUGAGCUGAUGAGGGGAGGGGAGCUGCUGGAUAAAAUCCUCAGACAGAAAUUUUUCUCGGAGAGGGAAGCCAGUUCGGUCCUGCACACGAUCUGUAAAACAGUGGAGUAUCUGCAUUCCCAAGGGGUGGUUCACAGGGACUUGAAACCCAGCAAUAUUCUCUACGUGGAUGAGUCAGGAAACCCCGAAAGCAUUCGCAUUUGUGACUUUGGCUUUGCCAAGCAGCUCAGGGCUGAGAACGGCCUUCUCAUGACUCCCUGUUAUACGGCAAACUUCGUGGCACCCGAGGUACUAAAGCGCCAAGGCUACGACGAGGGCUGCGACAUCUGGAGCCUGGGAGUUCUCCUGUACACGAUGCUCGCAGGCUGCACUCCGUUUGCAAAUGGUCCCAGUGACACUCCAGAAGAGAUCCUGACCCGGAUAGGCAGGGGCAAGUUCUCCGUCAGCGGAGGCAACUGGGACACUAUUUCUGACAUGGCCAAGGAUUUGGUAUCAAAGAUGCUUCACGUAGAUCCUCACCAGCGCCUAACAGCCAAGCAGGUCCUGCAGCACCCGUGGAUAACCCAGAAGGACAGCUUACCCCAGAGCCAGCUGACCCGCCAGGACCUUCAGCUUGUGAAGGGGGCGAUGGCUGCCACGUACUCUGCACUGAACAGCUCCAAGCCAAGCCCCCAGCUGAAGCCCAUCGAAUCCUCCAUUCUGGCACAGAGGCGGGUGAAGAAACUUCCUUCCACCACGCUGUGAGGCCGGGG